GUGCAUUCGCAUGAUUCUUCUCACGUCGAUCACAUGUCACAUGUGCGUGUGAAGUCAAACAACAAAACCAUUUCUUAUCCCUGAAUCAAUGGUGUUUGAUUGAAAAAAAUCAGGAUCUAACAUAGAUCAAAUGAUUACUUAUUUGAAAAAUAUUUUGUAAUAAAUAUAUACUGAAAUACGGAGAAUUCGAAGUUACGAACGGUUUCAUUUUUGUUGAGAGGUUAAACACUAGCCACGAGAUGAAGUCACAUACUCGAGCAUUAGGCGAAGAUGUUGCAGAAGCAAAAGUGAACAACAAAUGGUACAAAGAGUUCCCAAAAGAAUCGUCGCCGUGCAAGCAUGGAAAGACAGAGUUGGAAGUCAUGGAGUUAAAAUCAAGUGGCAAAAAACACUUAGAUGCUGAGACAGCGGCGUAUCAAUUGAAAGAAUCAAAGUCAAAAGAUUCAGAAUUAGCUUGGUUAAAAACAGCUUUGACUAAGGGAACAAGUUCAGAUAAAAUAGCUGCAAGUAUCGUACUGAUACAAAACAACCCAAAAUACAACUUGUCUCGUCUAGUAUCGCUUGUCUCACAAGUCAAAGCUUCCAAGCACAGUCAAAGUUUGAUGCUUAUAACCUCACUUCGUGAUCUUUUCAUUAAUGAUUUAUUGCAUCCAGAGUAUAAACUUCUUAAAUUUGAGGAUCAGAAGUUGGACGAAUUGGAUUUCACUAAACUGGAUGAUAACGCAACAAAAUUGACACGAGAAACACACAGAAAAAAAUUACUCGCUCACUGGUAUUUCGAGGACCAGUUGCACCAUGAAUACGAACGUUUUAUAACAUCACUGUCAACAGUCGCUUCGGAUACUGUAGAUGCGAAUCGUGAAAAAGCUGUGGCCGUAAUGACUGAUUUGUUGAUUGCUAACUCCGAACAAGAGCACAAAUUACUAGAAUUUGUCAUCAACAAAAUCGGUGAUCCACGUAGUAGAGUCGCAUCUAAAGCAGUUCUCAGCAUCAGCAACCUUUUGUUCGAACAUCCGAACAUGAAAAUCGUUGUACUUCGAGAAAUCGAAAAAUUGUUAUUUAGGAAAAACGUCGCUCAGAGAGCUCAAUAUUAUGCUAUUUGUUUACUAACACAAUUUGUUUUGGAACGCGGAGACAUCGAUGUUUCUAAUUCACUCAUCGAUGUUUAUUUCGCAUUUUUCAAAGCUUGUCUGAAACGUGGCGAACCUGACAGCCGCAUGAUGGCAGCGAUUUUGACCGGCGUCAAUCGUGCUUAUCCUUUCGCCAAUCUUGAAUCUUCCAAACUUCUUGAACACAUUGAUUCCGUUUAUAAAGUCGUUCACAUUGGUUCGUUCAAUGUUUCUCUCAACGCCCUUAAUCUUCUCCAUCAAGUCGUAGGAAAGGAGCCAGAGCAAGAAAACCGAUUUUAUACAGCAUUUUAUCGGAAGUUGUUGGAACCUCAAAUCGGCGUGGCGAACAAGCGAGCAGUAUUUUUGAAUUUGUUAUAUCGAGUGCUGCGAAGCGACAAAAGUGUAACUAGGCUGUACGCCUUUAUGAAAAGGAUAUUCCAAGUCGUUUUAUAUUUUCCUGCGAGCAUGGCCUGUGCGACUUUGUACGUAGUGUCGCAAGUUUUGCAAUCGCGAAAAGAUUUACAGAGUAUCAUGCAGCGGGGAUACAAGGCUAUAAAGCAAGAAGAAGCUGUCGAGAACAAGGAAGAAUCAAGGGUUAAAACAUCAGAAGAAAACCUAGAAAGCGAAGAUGAUGAAGAAGAGAAAAAAAAUGUGGAGGAACAUUCGAUACUGCUUUCUAAUGUGACGAUCGAGCCUACGACGACGAAUCGUGAAACAGAUGUUCAAGGAGUUGUGAAAUUGGAAGACGAUCAGGCUGUUUUCUACGAUCCAUUUUGUCUAAACCCCUUAAGAUCUGGAGCGAUGAGAACUCCUCUGGCAGAGCUCGAAGCCCUUUCAACGCAUUUUCACCCUUCUGUAGCUCUUUUCGCCAGCACCCUCGCCCAAGGAAGACCGAUACAUUACAGUGGUGAUCCGCUUGAAGAUUUGAACUUGAUCCGAUUCCUCGAUCGUUACGUAUUCAAAAACCCCAAAAAAUUGGAUGAUAAAAAGGUCACGAAUAGUAGAACUCCCUUGGCCCAAAGAGCCAAAUACGUUCCUCGCGGCGUUCGAUCCGUUGCUGUCGACAGCGAAGCCUACGUUAAUGUCCACGAAGAUCGUAUUCCGGUCGAUGAAUUGUUCCUGUAUCGCUACCUUCAGCGUAAAAACGAAAGCAGAGGCUGGAGAAUCAAAGACGAAGACGACGAUAAUGACAGUGUCAACAGCGAAGAAUUCAACGAUCUUCUCGAUUCCUUAGGUGGUAAAAAAGAACUUGAUGAUUUGGAUAUUGCUGCUGAUAUAGGCUCCUCAAAGAAAAAGAAGAAAAAGAGUGAAAUUCCCGACUCUGAUGACGACACGGAAAAUGAUGAAGAAAGUAUCGGUUCGGACAUGAGUUCUGAUGGCAAUGAGGAGAUGGAUGAAGAGGACAUGAGUGAUAUAGAUUUGGAAGGAAUUGAUGACGAGGAUUUAAGCGACAUGGAUUUCAACGACGAGGAUGAUUCGAUCGACGAGACCGAAUCUUUCAAAAAAUCUACAAAAAAAGUUUCGAAACCGAAGAGGAAGAAAAUUGGCAAGGACGAAAAUGUAUUUGUCGCGGCUGAAGAAUUUGCGGAAAUGUUGGAGGAGCAAGGUCGUGCAAAACACAAACACGGGAGCAGUAACGCUUUCAGUGAUGCGGACGGUGCGAGCGCGAAACAGGUGGAUUGGGAAAUUGAUCGUCAUCAACGAAUCAGCGGUCGAAAACGACCUCGAAGUAAUAAUAAACAGAAGGGCAAGCAGAAUGUCAAAAAAUUUAAACGAAAAUUCUAAUUGAAUAUACAUAAAUACAUGUGUUUAUAUCGUGAA